AUGGGAAAGAUGUCAGCAUGGUUUUUCAAUAUCUUUAAACGUCACAAGAAUCCCAACUGUUCAAAGAAAAUAUUGAAAGAAGGUAUGGAGAAUUUAUCAAUGGAAGUCCCAACCCCAUCAAUGAUCAAUGGCAAUGAUAGUUUUUACUCUCAGAAACCAAAUGACAUGAACAGCGAAAAGAGUAGCCAUAUAUCUAACAUCAUAGAUAACCACAACUUCUCGAAAGGUUUGCAUUCAUGGCAUGCAAACUGCUGUGAUGCCUUUCUGGUUUCUCCUACAGUGGAAGAACACUCACUAAAAUGUUGCAAAGGGCAUGUUGUUGUUACAAAUAGAACCCAAAAUUGGCAAGGCUUAGAACAGGACAUAACAAACAAAGUUUCAUCAGGUUCCACUUACAAGGUUAUUGCCCGUGUUGGAGUUUCUGGGACGUGUCUCCACGGUAAUGCUGAAGUCAUUGCUACCCUUAAAUUUGAACACCAAAACUCGGCUACCAAGUAUUUGAACAUCACAAGAACUGCUAUCUCUAAAGAUAAAUGGGAGAACUUGGAAGGUACAUUUGUGUUGACGGAGAAGCCUGACCGUGUGGUGUUUUACUUGGAAGGUCCGGCCCCAGGAGUAAACAUUCUAAUUGAUUCAGUGUCUAUGUUUUGUCAUGGUAAACUUGCACCAUGUUGUUAUACGGACGAAGGGAACAUCAUAUUGAACCCUGAAUUUGAAGAUGGUGUUAGUAACUGGAGUGGAAGGGGAUGCAAAAUUCUGGUACACGACUCAAUGGGUGAUGGAAAGAUUCUUCCCAAAUCUGGCAAGUUCUUUGCGUCCACUGCAGAGCGCACACAAAGUUGGAACGGGAUACAACAAGAUAUUACUGGAAAAGUUCAGAGAAAACUUGCAUACGAAAUUACUGCUUUUGUUAGAAUCUAUGGGAAUAACGUUAGUAGCUCAAGUGUUAGAGCUACAUUAUGGGUCCAAACCCCGGAUUCUCGUGAACAAUACAUAAGCAUUGCUAACACACAAGCAACAGAUUCAGACUGGGUACAAAUGCAGGGAAUGUUUCUUUUAAACGGUUUGCAGUCAAAGGUCGUGAUUUAUCUUGAAGGUCCACCUUCUGGCACUGAUAUUCUUCUUGAUGGCUUAAUCCUUAAACAUGCUGAGAAAGUACCUCCAUCUCCUCCACCUAUCAUUGAGAAUCCAGACUAUGGAGUUAACAUUAUCACAAAUAGUAAUCUUAAUGAUGGAACAAACGGAUUCUUCCCUCUUGGUAAUUGUGUAUUAAAUGUUGUGACUGGCUCACCACACAUACUUCCACCAGCUGCAAGAGACACCCUCGGACCCCACCAACCAUUAAGUGGACGUUGCAUACAUACAACUAACCGCACACAGACCUGGAUGGGUCCGGCCCAGAUGAUCACAGACAAAGUAAAACUCUUUGUAACUUACCAAGUAUCAGCUUGGGUUAGACUUGGCCCUGGAGCCACUGGUGCACAGAAUGUAAAUGUGGCUCUUGGGGUAGACAGCCAAUGGAUCAACGGUGGUCAGGUUGAGAUCAAUGAUGCUUAUCGUUGGCACGAAAUUUGUGGGUCUUUUAGAAUUGAAAAUCAACCUGCUAAAGUUAUGGUUUAUAUUCAAGGACCAGCUGCUGGAAUUAGUUUUAUGGUGGCUGGACUUCAGAUCUUUGCCGUGGACAGGAAGGAGAGAUUUAGGCAUUUAAACCGACAAGCGGAUAAGAUUCGUAAAAGAGAUGUCACAUUGAAAUUAUCUGUCCCAAAGUCGAUCAAUAUGCCUGUGAAAAUGGUAAUAGUAAAACAAACUCAAAACAGUUUUCCUAUAGGAUCGUGCAUUAGCCGCUCAAACAUUGAUAAUGAAGACUUCGUGGCGUUUUUGGUGAAAAAUUUUGACUGGGCCGUUUUUGGAAACGAGCUCAAAUGGUACUGGACUGAAUCACAGAAAGGGAACUUAAACUACAAAGACGCUGAUGACCUUUUAAAAUUAUGUGACGAUAACAACAUAGCGGCUCGUGGGCAUUGCAUCUUUUGGGAUGUAGACAACACGGUUCAAGAUUGGGUGAAGAACCUUAGUAAAACCGAUCUAGCAACAGCUGUCCAAAACCGAAUGACUAGCUUAUUAAACCGAUACAAAGGUAAGUUCAAACAUUAUGACGUGAACAAUGAAAUGCUACAUGGUUCAUUUUACCCCAGCCGCUUAGGUCCAGAUACACGAGCCAACAUGUUCAAAACCGCAAACCAGUUAGACCCGUCAGCCACAUUGUUUGUGAACGAUUACCAUAUUGAAGACGGGUGUGAUACAAGAUCCACACCCGAGAAAUACGUAUCUCAAAUUCUUGAUUUGCAACAACAAGGUGCCCCCGUUGGGGGCAUUGGGAUCCAAGGGCAUAUUGAUAGUCCAGUGGGUCCCAUUGUUUGUUCAGCUCUUGACAAACUGGGAGUUCUUGGACUCCCAAUUUGGUUCACUGAGCUGGACGUUUCUUCAGUCAAUGAAUACGUUAGAGCCGAUGACUUGGAAGUUAUGCUUCGUGAAGCGUUUGCUCAUCCGGCUGUUGAAGGUAUAAUGUUAUGGGGAUUUUGGGAGUUGUUUAUGAGUCGCGAAAAUUCUCACUUGGUGAAUGCAGAAGGAGAUAUUAAUGAAACCGGAAAGCGGUUUCUUGAGCUUAAGAAAGAGUGGCUGUCUCAUGCUCAUGGACAUGUUGAUGAUUCAGGUGAGUUCAAGUUUCGUGGCUUCCCGGGCACAUAUGAGGUUGUUGUGCUUAAAGAUUCGAAGAAAACUGUCAAGAAAUUUGAAGUCGAAAAGGGUGAUAUUCCUUUGGUUGUGUCUAUUGAUGUGUAAGUGAUUGAUAUAAAUCACAUACGAAAGAAAAUAUGUUGGUGUUGUGGAAUAGUGUGCUUUUGGUGAUUCAAGUGUAAGGUUUCCGUGUCGAAAUUUAUUUGUUAAAAAGAAAAGAAAUAAUUAUGUUAUUGUAA